CGCAAGCUCGAGCACACUCAGUCUGCAACAGCUGCCGGUCCGGCGACGGGAGACGGCGAAGCCUCGCGCUGUGCAUGAGCGCUUUGUCACGCACUGCCCUGUCCUAUGCCCGCUCGUGCGGAUUCACCGGGACCGGACAGGCUCGCGGUCGGACAGGACGACGGCUUGGACGACAGCUCUUAGGGGAAACGGGGGGGCAGUUUUACAGUCCACUGCAGCGGUCCAGGAGAAAAGUUUGUACAUAAUGCAGGAAACAGAAGACGGCGGCGACAAAGUUUUAACGGAGCCCGCACUGAGUUUGACUGUGAGGAACGGAGAGUUCGCCGAGCAACAGAUAGGAGUGGUGGACAAGAUCCCUUUGGUGAAACCCUAUUUUAAAAAGAAACACGGGCAGAGGAAGCUGGACGCAAAAUGUUUGCGGACGUUAGCGGAUCCUCUUUUAACCACGUUACUAAGUUCGGAUGAUCUCGUAGCUGGAGACGGGGUUUUUGUUCCACGAAAUCCGUCCCGGGUUCAGCGGAAUAUAUGUACCGCAGCCGUGGAGAAACAGGCGAGGAUGAGCCCCGUGUGCUUAAAGGACGCAGGUGCCGUGUCCGGUUUGAUGGCGGAGGACACGCACGCCGCCGACAUGAGUGAUCCCGCGGCCGAGCUCACGGAGGGGGAGCAGAAGGUGACGAAUAUUCCGCGGGCGACGAUAGACACCAGCGCGCGCCGCUUUCAGCCGCAGGCGCGCGACUCGCCGGCGCCCUCCGCGGUCGUCGCACCGUGCGAGGGGGAGAAGUUGAACGACAUCUACACCUCCGAGUCGUUGCAGGGCGCCAACUGCCUCGCCGUCAAAGAGGGCUCAGCGACGAACGAGAUCUUUCAGGACAAAAGCGAAGAAGCCUCGCUGGACCUGGUGUUUGAGCUCCUGACGCAGCUGCAGUACCACACGCACCAAGGCGACGCGGUGUCGGUCUGCGUGGAUUUCCUCCAGGGCGUCUGCGUCUAUGGCAGUGACUGCGCACAGCACCACACCGUUUUGCCGUAUCACUGGCAAAUCCGGCGGGCCGACACACAGGUCUGGCAGAGCAUAUCGGACGAGUCGCAGGAACAACUGGAAAGACUUUAUUGCAAUCCGGACAAUGAACAAGUCAGACUUAAAUUUCUGGGUCGUGUGUUCAUGCUGGACUUCAGUGCCAUGAGGGUGUGUGACCUGGAGUUUGACCUCGUCAGACGUUUGUCCACGCCUUCCAGCUCCGUAGCCACACCCCCCAACACAAGCCCCACCCCCAGCUGUCUCACCACAUGGAAAUAUUAUUGUAGAGAUAACUUUGGCUGGAGGGAGUACUCAGAGCCCGUGGUGCGUUUGAUCGAGGAGGCGAGUGGGCGGGGCCUGAAGGAGGUGCGCUUCAUCACGCUGCAGAACCAGUACAUCCUGAACAUACGCGAGGGCUUCCAGCAGAACGCCGUCUUCGGCUUCCGCCGCCAGAUCAAGAAGCGGCCGCUCUUCAUGUCCUCCAUCAGGCUGUCGCCCUACCUGCAGACUCUUGGCGGCCUCCAAGCUCCAGAUGUUCCCGGGCCUCAGCCACUCUCCCCCGUGUUUGCCUCCGGCUCCGCCCCCGGCCCUGCCCCAGGGCCAUUCCCUGAGACGUGGGUACCCAUGAGCCCCAGCCAGGACUUCAUCCAGGUGCCCGUCUCCCGCGACGACCGCAGCUACCGCACUGUCUACAACCUCUUCCACAAGACAGUGUCGGAGACCAAGUUCCGCAUCACGAAGAUCCUCCGCAUGCAGAACCCUUUCCUCUGGGAGAAGUACGAAAGGAAGAAGGAGUAUAUGUCGCGGCGCAUGUCGGAGAUGGACCGCCUGCUGAAUGAACGCCAUCUAUUCCACGGCACCUCUCAGGACGUGGUGGAGGGAAUCUGCAAGCAUAACUUUGACCCGCGCGUGUGUGGCAAGCACGCCACCAUGUUCGGCCAGGGCAGCUACUUCGCCCGCAAGGCCGCGUACUCGCACAAUUUCUCCAAACGCUCGCCACGGGGCGUCCACUACAUGUUCCUGGCCAAGGUGCUGACAGGCAAGUUCACGGUGGGCAACCCGACCAUGCGUCGGCCCCCGCCCCUCUGCCCCCGCGACCCCUCCAGCGACCUGUUUGACUCGUGUGUGGACAACUGGAUGGACCCACAGAUUUUUGUCAUCUUCAACGAUGACCAGAGCUACCCGUACUUCAUCAUCCAGUACGAGGAGGUGGCCAGCACCGUGGCCAUCUGAGGGGGCCGCAGCAGAGGUGACCACACCUGGACACACGUGGGCCCAGGACUGCACCGCUGAGGUUGAGGGGAGGGGUGUGAUAACGAGCACAUGCCCUUGUGUGUGAUAUAUACGGGAACCUGGUCAUGCACUCUUUAGAAGUUUUGGAUGGUACGGAACAGAGUCAGAGUGUGUGUGUGUGUAUGUGUGUGUGAGAGAGAGAAACCACCAAGCUUCCAUCAUUUGUCUUUGAGUGUUUAAGCAAGAGACUGUUUAAGUGCCCGUUCACUUACGCUGCUGAAAAAGCGGAGGUGCGUGUGUGUGUGUGUGUGUGUGCGUUUGCGUGCGUGUGUGCUUGCAUGUGUGUGUGUUUGCGUACGUGCG